AUGAAUUUGCACAAAACACAGUUGAGGAAAAUAUCCAGAUGAAGAAGGAGCUGGAAGAAGAGAGAUCUCGAUAUCAGAACCUGAUAAAAGAGUAUUCAAAGCUGGAGCAGAGAUACGACAGCUUGCGGGAUGAAAUGACUAUUAUAAAGCAAGCACCAGGGCACAGGAGAAGCCCAUCCAACCAGAGCAGUUUGGAGUCCGAUUCCAAUUAUCCAUCAAUAUCAACCUCUGAGACAGGAGACACCGAGGAUGUAAUACAACAAGUGGAGGAGGCUGGAAUGGAGAAAGCCGCCAUGGACAUGACCCUCUUCCUAAAGCUGCAGAAGCGUGUGAGGGAGCUGGAGCAGGAGAGGAAGAAGCUGCAAACCCAGCUGGAGAAAAAGGAGCAAGAGAGCAAGAAAUCCCAGGUAAUUGAAAUGAAGACUGAAGUGGCUUCAGAACCUGAAGAUUUGGCAUACAACAGUCUGAAGAGGCAAGAGCUGGAGUCAGAGAACAAGAAGCUGAAAAAUGAACUUAAUGAGUUGAGGAAGGCUGUUGCAGACCGAGCAACCCAAAACAACUCAUCCACCGAUAUGCAGGACAGUUAUAACCUCUUGCUUAAUCAGCUGAAAUCGGCCAACGAGGAGUUGGAAGUGCGAAAGGAAGAGGUGCUUAUCCUGAGGACACAGAUUAUGAAGGCAGCCCAGCAAAAAGAGCCGGGCAAAAACCUGGAGAACAUCACCACCAGUGCCAGCUGGCCGAACAGUGACAAGCACAUCGAUCAGGAGGAUGUGAUUGAAGCCUACCAGGGGAUGUGCGAGACGAACCGCAAGACUGAGGACUGGGGGUAUCUCAAUGAAGAUGGAGAGCUCGGUUUGGCUUAUCAAGGCUUAAAGCAAGUUGCCAGGUUGCUGGAAGCACAGCUCCAGGAUCAGAGAAGAGAGCACGAGGAGGAGAUGGAAGCUCUGAAAAAUGAGGUGGAUGCGAUGAAAGAAAAGCUGGAGAAGCAGCAGCAAGCUUUCCUGCAGACCUUGCAGCUGUCUCCGGAGGCCCAGGUGGAGUUUGGACUUCAGCAAGAAAUUACACGUCUCACCAAUGAAAAUCUGGAUCUUAAAGAAUUGCUCGAGAGGUUGGAAAAAAAUGAAAGGAAGCUGAAGAAGCAGCUGAAGCUUUACAUGAAGAAGGUCCAAGAACUUGAAGCAUCCCAAGCCAUGCUACCAGUGGAGAGGAGGCAGUACGAGCGUAACAUGGAAGUUGCUGUCCAGAGGAAGGAGAAAAAUUUUCAGGGCAUGUUGGAAUAUUAUAAAGAAGAUGAGCCACUCCUCAUCCGAAACCUCAUUACAGAUCUCAAGCCCCAGGCGGUGUCUGCUACUGUUCCCUGCCUCCCUGCCUACAUCCUCUACAUGUGCAUCAGACAUGCGGAUUAUAGCAACGAUGACCAGAAAGUGCACUCCUUGCUCACCUCCACCAUCAACGGCAUUAAGAAGGUUCUGAAGAAACACAACGAUGAUUUUGAGAUUACAUCGUUCUGGCUGGCGAAUACGUGUCGCCUCCUGCACUGCUUAAAGCAGUACAGCGGAGAUGCGGGUUUCAUGACCCAAAACACGGCGAAGCAGAACGAGCACUGUCUGAAGAACUUUGACCUGACCGAGUACCGCCAGGUGCUGAGCCACCUCUCCAUCCAGAUCUACCAGCAGUUCAUUAAGAUAGCAGAGGGCAUACUCCAACCCAUGGUUGUGUCCGCAGUGUUGGAAAAUGAGAGCAUCCAAGGGCUUUCUGGUGUCAAACCACUGGGCUACAGGAAUCGCUCCUCCAGCACGGGAGAUGGUGACAGCUCCUACAGUUUAGAUGACAUCAUUCGCCAGCUGAACACCUUCCACAGCAUCAUGAGUGACCAGGGCUUGGACCCGGAGCUCGUGCAGCAGGUCUUCAAACAGCUCUUCUACAUGAUCAACUCUGUCGCCUUGAACAACCUCCUGCUGAGGAAGGAUGUCUGCUCCUGGAGCACGGGCAUGCAGCUGAGGUUUAACAUCAGCCAGCUGGAGGAAUGGGUGCGUGGAAAGAAUCUGCAGCAGAGCGGAGCGGCACAAACUUUGGAGCCCUUGAUUCAGGCAGCACAGCUCCUGCAGCUGAAAAAGAAAACCUCGGAAGAUGCUGAGGCCAUCUGCUCCUUGUGCACAUCACUCACGACGCAGCAGAUUGUAAAGAUACUUAAUCUCUACACUCCUGUGAAUGAGUUUGAAGAACGUGUGUCAGUAGCUUUCAUACGAGACAUACAGACGCACUUGCAAGAGCGCAAUGACCCUCCGCAGCUGCUGUUAGACUCCAAGCACAUGUUCCCUGUUUUUUUUCACUUCAACCCAUCCACCAUAACCCUGGACACUAUUCAUAUCCCUGCUUCUCUCAAUUUGGAAUUUCUCAAUAAAGUCUGA